GGCCUUUUUGUAGUCGCACCGGCCUACGCAAGUCGAGGCGCCAAAACCUCAACAAGCAAAACAACAGCAGCACCAGCAACACUGCGAAGAUGCCUCGUGUUGCGCGCCGGCUUGGGCUGGACGCGGUUGUGGCGGCGGCAGUGAAGAACCUGCGCCCGGAAGCCACGGUGGCGGCGAUGUUCUCACCGCAGGACUACCUGAGCAUGGUGCUGUCAGAUUUGCAAGUGGUGGGGAUCACCACGGGCCCGGACAUGGAGCACAUGGUGAAGCUGCGCUGGUCGCAGAACCCGACGAUGGAGCUGUGGGCCAAGCCCACCAUGCUCAAGCUCAUCACGCCUGGGCCCGCGGACAAGUACUUCCUCACCGCCAACUCAAUCUCCUUUGGCGAUCUCACCUUCAAUUCUGCAGACCUGUUUGCCACAGACGAGCCAGACCACUUCAACUACAUCAGCGACGACGACAACGUGGAGGAGGACUCGGGCCCAGACGCUGCGCUCCUGCCGCCCAUCCCGCACCUGCCAUCCCCCACCACGCAAACGCAGGCCACACAACCACAGCCAAUGCAACCAGCGUCCUCCACCGCGCCAAGCACGGCAACGGACGCCCAGGGCGCACAGCAGGGGCAGCAACAGGCCGCGGGUGUGCAGGCGGAUUCCAGCAGUGGCAACGGCCAUUCGCCGUCCGAGCAGCAGAUGGGCCAGGCACAACAAAAUGGCGCCCAGCAACAACAAAAGGACGCACAGCAGCAGCAACAGCAACAACAACAACAACAACAACCUUCUACCACGACGACGACGGCGGGUGGCGUCAAGUCAAGCUGCCUGCCCACAUGGCACGACUGGGCCCAAGUCACCAACGACUACCGCAGCGCACACUUUGGCAAGGAGACGGCGCGUCUGAGCACAGACAACACGUCAUACUACAGCGUGUUCAACACCUUUGAGGCCAUGAUGCCCAAGGACUUCAUCAUGGACACGGUGCUGCCUGCCACGAACGACGCCGGGCGCGACAUUGAGAACUUCAUGCCGGUGCAGUACGGGGAGUUUAUGCGCUUCCUUGGGCUGUGGUUCCUGUUCAGCUGCUACCAGGAGGAGGUGCCCGUGUUCUGGUCGCCCACUAAGAGCGAGCUGUUCACGGCGCCGCGCGUCAACAAGUACAUGACGAAGAAACGCUUCUCCGAUAUCCUGGCGGCGCUCUCCAUCGUGCCGCUGCAGGCCAUGCCCACCACCUUCACCGACCGCUACGCGCACAUGCGGCCCUUUGUCGCUGCGUGGAACGCGAACAUGAGCAAGGUGUACCGCUCGUCCUGGAUCAGCGUGCUUGACCGCGUGGACUGCCUCUACGCCAACAAGUUCCACGCGUCCGAGUUUAUGGCCGUCCCCAAGCGCUGCCCGCCCCACCAGAACUCGUACUUUGUGCUGGCCGACGGGCAGACGAACGUCGUGUACUGGGCCGAGCUUGACGAGGGGCCGGCGCGCCCCGCCCAGCUUGGGCCGCUGCCGUACACAGACGUGUUUGAGCCAAACACCGCGCGCCUGCUGCGGUGCGCAGACCAGGCGGGCCUCGUCUCCACCGGCAAGGUCGUGCAUGUGCCGAGCGAGUACGGGUCGCUGCUGUCCAUGGUGGAGCUGCGCAAGAAGCACGUGUACGCCAGCGUGGCCCUGUCGCCCGGCAGACCCAUGCCAGAUGUGCCGCAGUCUGCCUUUGAGCAGUAUCUGCGCGAGCAGCCUGUCGGCAACACGCUGUGCCGACCCGCCACGUGCGAGGAGCAGCCCUUGUACUUUGCGGGCGUGCGUGACACGGCGAACAUCCUCAUGCAGCUGUCGACGUACGGCAGCAUCAUCCCCGUCGGCAAGCACAAGCACCGCAUGGCGGGCGGUACGCGCGUGUCGUUCCAGUACCCUGAGGUUGUGCACAACCAUCUCGCGGUGCGACGGGCAGCGCGGGUGAAUGAGUCCCUUCGCCACGAGUGGCGGCCCGUGGAGGACGUGUGGCUGAAGAAGCAGUUCUGGCACGGGCACUUUGCCUUCUUCCUCGGGCUGGCAGAGGCGAACGCGUACUUUGUGUACACGACGUUUGUGCAGAAGAAAGGCGGCAGCGCAAUGACACACACGAGCUUCCGCAAGCUCCUGGCCAAGGAGCUGAUGACCAACCACUACCUUGCGGAGGAGGAGGAGAUGAUGCUGGCGCACGAGGAGGGCGUGACGGCCGGGCACAUGCAGGUGAUGAAGCGCGCGAAGGUGAACGCGGCGCACCGGCUGGAAAGCAUUCCGUUCCACUCGACGUGGGACGGGCAGGCGUGGCAGAAGACGCUCAAGGUGCAGCAGGUGCAGCGGCGGUGCAAGUACUGCAAGAAGAAGACGCGCCACUACUGUGUGUGUACGCCGGCCAAGAGCGUGUGCACAUCGUGCUUCUCCAAGCACAUGGUGGAGGAGCUCACUUGAGUACAUUGUGUUUGCUUUGCGUGUCUGUGUCUGUGUCUCUGUGUGUGUCUAUUUCUUUGCCUGCGCGCGCGCGUGUGUGUGUGUCUGUGUGUCUGUGUCUGUCUGUGCUUUGUGUGUCUGUGUUUAUCUGUGACUGUAUCUGUGUCUGUUCAUGUUGACCUUGAGCCAUUCAUCACAUUUUGUGUUCGUUUGCCAACCACUUCCCUUCGCUUCUCUUGUGUUGCUUUGUUCUGCUGUGAGCUGAAAGUGUUUACGCACUGUGUUGCUUGCAUUGCAGUUGCCCCCGCUUGCGUUCUUGUUGUCCACAUCCACACCCAAUGAACCAACCCCAAAGCCA